GAAGACCACUCUCUCACUCUGCUUACUUGAUCCAUUGUUUGGAUUCGAAAGUAAAGUAGAAACGAAUCCCGAGGAACACGAAGAAACGAUAGAUACUUCUCCUUUAAGAAGAAGAAGAAGAAGAAGAAGAAAGAGCGACAGAAACAAUGAGAGGUUCUGUAAUUGGUGCAGAGAGAUCCGGGCAGACGAUAAUGGUGGCUCUCGUUCUUAUGGUUGGAUCAUUUUACACUGGCUCUCUCUUCGGAACCAACCAACCCAUUUACGUCUCUCAUCCUUCUUCUCACUCUGCUUCUUCCAAAUUUGCAAACAAAAUUGAGCUUACUUAUAGAAGAUUACCACUAGUCAUACCUGAAUCUGGGAUGAAUGUGUGUCCACUGGAGUUCAAUGAGUAUAUACCUUGUCACAAUGUCACCUAUGUGCAUCAGCUGCUACCAAGCUUGAAUCUUUCUAGAAGAGAAGACCUCGAAAGGCAUUGCCCGCCACUCGAGCACCGCCUUUUUUGCUUGGUACCUCCGCCAAAUGAUUAUAAGAUACCUAUUAGAUGGCCAACCAGUAGAGACUAUGUAUGGAGAAGUAAUGUGAACCAUACACAUCUUGCUCAAGUUAAAGGUGGCCAAAAUUGGGUCCAUGAGCAAGGUCAGUUUUGGUGGUUCCCUGGUGGUGGUACUCAUUUUAAGCAUGGAGCUGCAGAAUACAUCCAGAGGUUGGGGAAUAUGAUGACUAAUGAAACAGGUGACUUGCGUUCAGCUGGGGUGGUACAAGUUCUUGAUGUUGGCUGUGGAGUUGCGAGCUUUGCGGCUUAUCUUCUUCCCUUAGGUAUACAGACAAUUUCAUUUGCUCCCAAAGAUGGUCAUGAAAACCAGAUUCAGUUUGCAUUGGAGAGAGGCAUUGGUGCAAUGAUAUCCGCGGUUGCCACCAAACAAUUGCCAUAUCCUGCAGCCUCGUUUGAGAUGGUUCAUUGUUCGAGAUGUCGUGUUGACUGGCAUACAAAUGAUGGCAUCUUACUUAAAGAAGUUCAUCGUCUUCUCCGACCAAAUGGAUUCUUCGUGUAUUCAUCACCACCAGCAUAUAGAAAGGAUAAAGAGUAUCCUAUGAUUUGGGAUAAGUUGGUCAAUCUAACUAGUGCAAUGUGCUGGAAGCUUAUUUCCCGGAAGGUACAGACUGCAAUAUGGAUUAAAGAAGAGAAGGAGGUUUGUCUUAAGCAGAAAGCAGAGCUAAAGCUAAUAAGUUUAUGUGAUGUGGAAGAUGUUUUGAAACCAUCAUGGAAAGUUCCUCUUAAAGAUUGUGUGCAAAUCAGUGGACAAACAGAAGAGAGACCCUCUUCUUUAGCUGAACGUCUUUCUGCAUAUCCAGCAACUCUAAGAAAAAUAGGGAUCAGUGAAGAUGAAUAUACAUCAGAUACAGUGUUCUGGAGAGAACAAGUUAAUCAUUACUGGCGGUUAAUGAAUGUCAAUGAGACUGAAGUACGGAAUGUGAUGGACAUGAACGCAUUCAUUGGUGGUUUUGCUGCAGCUAUGAAUUCGUAUCCUGUUUGGGUAAUGAACAUAGUACCUGCAACCAUGAAUGAUACCUUGUCUGGAAUUUUCGAGAGAGGCUUAAAUGGCGCUUUCCAUGAUUGGUGUGAGGCGUUCUCAACAUAUCCACGCACGUAUGAUUUGGUGCAUUCCGAUCAUGUCUUCUCUCACUACAACAAAAGCUACGGAGAUGGUUGUUUGCUAGAGGAUAUCAUGCUUGAGAUGGACCGCAUAGUUCGCCCUCAGGGGUUUGUCAUAAUAAGGGACGAGGAAUAUAUCAUCUCAAGGAUCCGAGGCUUGGCUCCAAAAUUCUUGUGGGAAGUGGAAACUCAUGAGCUUGAAAACAAAGACAAGAAGAUAACAGAGUCUGUUUUGUUUUGCAGAAAGAGAUUCUGGGCAAUCAUUUGAAAUAGACUCACUAUUUUUAGCUCUGAUGAUAGUUUACAUGAUCGUAAAAAGGAAAAACACAUGUUCUUCACUUCUUUCUUCUUCUCUUCUUACGAUCAUCCUUCCUCUUCUCAAUCUCUGUUUUUCCUUUUUACCAAUUUGGAGAUUAAUCAAAUAAUGAUUUCCAACAAGAUCCGCCGUUUUCUUUCCAUUUUUAGCACCUUUUUAGAACAUAGAGAUUCGAGCUCAACAAAGAGUAAAAUUCGACCCGCUUUCGAAAACAAAUCUAAUACUGGUACUGGUUCGGUCCAAAAUCAAUCAAAAACCAGAUUGAUGAUACACGAGUGUUUAAUACAUUAGAUUACUCUAUACAACAGACACAAACAUAUAGAGGUUCUAGCUCAACAAAGAGCAAUUGUACUAUGAGACCCAUCUGUUCUCGUAGCGGUUGAGAGAGAACGAUGAAGAUUGAACCUCGCUUAACUGGAAAGGAUCCGGUUCGAUUCCAUAGUCCGUUAAUGGUCUAUGCUCGAGCACAUUGUCAUGGUUCUUCACAAAGUCGGGAAUUUCCACCUCGCCUUUCUUUAUGUCCUCCCAAAGGUACUGCAACCUGCUCACGUACUUAAUCUUCCAGUACAGUCUGCAAUGUUGAAAGAGAUAUUGUUUUGACAAAACAGUUAAGUCCACAGUUGUUGAUUCUAAAGUAAUCUAGAUCCCAUAACCGUUUCAAGUUACAAGCUCAAAAGAAGAUCAAUACUCCUAGACGCCAGAGUUUAUUAGAUCAUGAAAGCUUCAAACUUUAGGGUUCAAUAUUCGAUUAUGCAAGUUUGAAAUAACUUGUAUAUAAAUCAACUGAUACAUAUGAAAAGAAAUGAUUAC